CCGUCAUCGGCGAAGGUAAAGUCGCCAACGCCGCCUCCCGCUUCAGUGCACCUGCCUGCCGGCUGCUCGCAGGAUCCUGCUGCUGGGCUCCCUUCGCCGCUUCUCUUCAGCUGGCCACCGUCGUUGCCGUCGAUCCACCUGCGUCAUGGAGGGGCUGCGGGGUGGCCUGAGCCUCGCCGGGCUCCUGUUGUUGCUGCUCGUCGCCGGCGUCAUGAAAGAGGUCAGCACACAAGCGUGUGGAGUGCCUGCCCUGGGACGGAUCGUGGGUGGUUCUGACACUCGAAGUGGACAGUGGCCAUGGCAGGCCAGCCUGGACUUCAAUGGUCAUCAUGCAUGUGGGGCAACCCUCAUUGCCCCCCAGUGGUUGGUUUCAGCUGCACAUUGCUUCCCCAAGGUGAAUGAAAUCGCAUUGUAUGACGUGAUCCUGGGGUCCUACCAGCUGAAAAACCCCUCGCUAGACGUCAAAGUGAUGCAAAUAGACCAAGUGAUUAAGCAUCCUGAUUUCAAUGAAGAAGAAGGCUCUCAAGGAGAUGUAGCCCUGGUGAAACUCAAAGCCCCGGUUCUGUAUUCUCGGACUGUACGGCCGAUCUGCCUGCCUGACUCUUCGGUCAGCUUUCCGGAAGGCAUGACAUGCACCGUCACCGGCUGGGGAAACAUCCGUGAAACUACGAGCCUCCCCUCGCCCAUGACGCUACAACAACUUGAAGUGCCCAUCAUUGGUCUGGACACCUGCAGGUGCUUGUACAGAAGGAACCCAGAUCCUGAGGAUUCCCACACCCUCCACCGUGACAUGAUCUGUGCCGGUUUUGUAGAAGGCAAGAAGGAUGCCUGUCAGGGUGAUUCCGGAGGCCCCCUAUCCUGUCUCGUGGACAAUGCCUGGUUCCUGGCUGGUGUUGUGAGCUGGGGAUACAGCUGUGGGGCUGCCAACAGACCUGGUGUUUACAUCCGACUUCCUUUCUAUGCUGACUGGAUUAAGGAAAACGUUCCAGAAGUGCAGCUUCAGCAAGUGACAGUCCCUACAAAGGCCACCCUAGGAGAGGCCUUGUGCUCCAAUUCUACAAGAGAAGGAGGCGGCACCUAUGAUGACAUCCAGCCCUUACCAGGCUGGAACCGGCCCCUCGACCCAAACAAGAGCCCUCCCAACUAUUCUGUUUCCCUAGCCUACAGAGUUGGCCUACCACUUCUUCUUCUCCUCCUCCAGGCCUGCCUGUGGUAACUUUCCACUCCCACCCUGUUGUGCAGGGAAAGUGGUUGUCUUCCUGUUUUAUCCUCCUGGUGAUGGUCUCCCUAUUUCAUAGUCUGCUGUGCUUCAAGCUUUCUCUUUCCACACUGGGUGCAGAGAAGACAGCGUGAUUCGAUUAGGACGUGGUACUGUUCUGCCGAAGCCCGAACUGCCUCACAGGUGGUCAUCGAGUGUGUAUUUUGUAAAUCUACCUGUGGUCUUGGCCUAGCGUAUGGCUUUUGAAAAACUUCACUGCUUCACUCCUAUUCCUGACUUUUACUCCGAGGAUCUAAUUCAUAAUUAUCUGGGAGUGUCUCUUUUUUUGCCUCUUUCCCUGCGACUUGCUUGGCCUUUUUUUUUUUUUUUUUUAAAUCAUAGUUGGGAUACAAAUCUGUAAUAAACCUGCUUUGUUACUGUGGACAUAAUUUCAUAAGUCAGAGGGAGUCUAGUCUCCUUUUUAGGCAAAUUCCUGAACUGCAUUUGGAUAUGACUAAUCUCUCUGUUGAGUAGUUGGCAUCCUUCUCCAAUUGCAUUCCUCACACGUUUUGAAACGUGAUCGGUUUCAAGGCAGGUUCCUCUCUGUCCAGUUCCUCCUUUCCUGCUCAUAAUGUGAAAUUCUCUUGUAGCCUUCCUAACAGUUGUUGUGAAGACAAGGUCCUCCACAAUAGUUGGACGUUAUUCAAGGACCAAAGUUGAGCCCUUUGAAGAGUCAGUCAGCUGAAUCCUUUCUUCCUUAUGGAUCGAAUUGAGAUCUGAUGUCUUGCCCAACAGGACAAUUCAGAGAGCAGCAUAAUGUGUCCUAACCUAAUUUCUCUCUCUUAAAGAUCAGUACCUUGCCAAGUAUAGAUAAUGCCAUUAGUUAACUUGGAUUGAUGGGAGGAUUUUUACAGGGUUGGUAGUUCUACUGUCUUAGGCUGUCAUGGUCUCAGCUUAUGUGAAACAGGUCAAGGUAAGUACAAUGCAACCACCGAGUUGUGGAAAAGGGAUAUAUAUUCUAUAGGAUCCCUUCCACCCAUGUUUGGUUUACUUGACCCUCGUUUCUCCAUCUUCUGGGCUCCCUAUGUCACUUAGUAUUUACCCACCCCUCCUUCUGGCUCACAGGCUGAAUAAAAGGAGACUCGGCAGAGGUAGAGACUUUGAAACCAACCUGUUGCCUUUUGAUCUUGGGCUGGGUGAUCAGGCCCCUUCUGUGUGCUGCUAGCCUUGCAAUUUUGCCUGAUUUAAGUUGAAAUUGUAUAGGGGUGGAAAUGUAACCUCUGGAUGUUUCCGUUGCAUAAUUUAUGAAUCCUUCCAAGGUGGGAUGAGGGCAGAGUUUCUGGGCUGUGUGUACACCUCAGUUCGGAGAUACCAUCAAGUUUUCAUUUUGUGACACCAACUGUCAGCCUGACAGAUUUAUGGAGCAGCACGGAAUCCAGUGAAGGAGAUGAAGAGGACCGCUUGUUUCCAAGUACGUUUGGACAGAAAUAACUCCUAGCACGGAUGCAGAAUUAAAAGAAGUGGGACUUGAUCGAAAUUCAAUGAGGAUCGAAACUGCAUUCUUUGGGGGAAAGAGGAUUGCGACUGUAUUUAGAUAAUUUUAUGUUUGCAACACACUUUU